AAAUCAUAUGGUAUUUGUCUUUCUCUGCCUGAUUUAUUUCAUUUAGCAUAAUGCCCUCUGUGUCCAUUUAUGUUGUCGCAAACGGCAAGAUUUCCUUCUUUUUCAUGGCACUUGUAAGCCUGUGGGCCUGUUAUUUUGUAUCACAGAUUUUAAAGAAUUUGAAGACACUUCUGAAGUUUCCUUUCAAGUCAAAUAUUUUUAAUGUUUAUUAUUUAAUAAAGUUGUUGAAAGAACCUUUGGAUUCCUGUUGUCAGAGUCACCAGAGUGACUCUGCCGAGAAGGGCUCAGGUAUCCUAAGCACACACGAAGGGUUCGUAUUCAGAGGAGUCUUUGAGCAGCUUGCCACACGCAGCUUCCCUUUGUGUCCUGUGUCCAAAAGCAGUGUCAUCGUCCACAGUGUUCACACCUGGACACCAUUCUGAGUGCAGUCCCCUCGUAGCCAAGUGACCUGUCCUGUUUCUUCUCCUCGACGUAUGAGAAUAGCACUUACACCUAUCUCAUAUGUACUGUGUUAAAUAAAUAAUAGUAAAGUAAGAAAAGACUUAGCAGUAGAAAUGUUUCGUCGGAUUCACAUCGAUUGCCCUGUGGUGGUAAGUGUGUGGGUUCCCCUGGGGCAGAUUUCAGUAAAGGGUGGGCGAUGUCAUCAUGCUCCAAGGUGAAAAGGUCAGGGUGGUGGUGCUAAUCAUUGCUUCAUAUGUCUGUUAAAUUACAAUAAGAAAUUUCUUUUCUAUUUCUACCAAGCCAAACUAGCAAGACGCAGUCAGGAACGAGAGAAUCUUGGCAUGCUGGUCUGGUCGCCUAAUCAGAAUCUAUCAGAAGCAAAACUGGACGAGUACAUCGCCAUCGCCAAGGAGAAGCACGGGUACAACAUGGAACAGGCCCUUGGGAUGCUCUUUUGGCAUAAGCAUAAUAUUGAAAAGUCAUUGGCUGAUUUGCCCAACUUUACCCCCUUCCCAGAUGAGUGGACUGUGGAAGACAAAGUCUUGUUUGAGCAAGCCUUUAGUUUUCAUGGGAAAACUUUUCAUAGAAUCCAACAAAUGCUUCCUGAUAAAUCUAUAGCAAGCCUGGUGAAGUUUUACUACUCCUGGAAGAAGACAAGGACCAAGACCAGCGUGAUGGACCGUCACGCUCGCAAGCAGAAGCGCGAGCGGGAGGAGAGUGAGGAUGAACUGGAAGAGGCGAACGGAAGUAACCCCAUCGACCUUGAGAUGGAUCAGAACAAGGACAGCAAGAAGGAGGUGCCCCCUGCUGAGACAGUUCCUCAGAUCAAGAAAGAAAAGCAUAGUACUCAAGCAAAAAACAGAGCAAAAAGGAAACCUCCCAAAGGAAUGUUCCUCUCCCAAGAAGACGUGGAGGCCGUCUCUGCGAAUGCCACGGCGGCCACCACGGUGCUGCGGCAGCUGGACAUGGAGCUGGUCUCAAUCAAGCGACAGCUUGGCCUUUCACCUGCCUUAUUGCGUCUGUCCCGUUGGAAGCUGCAGGAGCCACUUUGUAACCCUCACGUCUGCUGCAUUCAAGGUUGUGAGGAAGAGAUGGAGAUUCAGAAUAUUAAGCAGACAAACAGUGCCCUCAAAGAAAAGCUCGACGGUGGGAUAGAACCCUAUCGACUUCCAGAGGUCAUUCAGAAAUGCAACGCGCGCUGGACCACGGAGGAGCAGCUUCUCGCCGUGCAAGCCAUCAGGAAAUACGGCCGAGACUUCCAGGCCAUCUCCGACGUGAUCGGGAACAAGUCAGUGGUGCAGGUGAAAAACUUUUUUGUAAAUUAUCGACGCCGCUUCAACAUAGAUGAAGUUUUACAAGAAUGGGAGGCAGAGCAUGGGAAAGAAGAGACCCAUGGGCCCAGUAACCAGAAACCGGCCAAGUCCCCUGACAGCUCCGCCAAGAUUCCCGAUGAGGAAGAGGAGGCUGCUUCUGUCCUUGACGUCAGAUAUGCAUCUGCCUCCUGAGGCCCUGGUGGCUCUGCACUUGGUAUGGAUGCCGGUGCUGCCAGCACACCGGGCAUUACAAGACAUCACCUAGCCAUCUGCAUCACCUCUCUGGACAAGCAGCUAUUACCAAAAAGGCAUACACUUCCGGUCCUGUGCUACACCUGCCUUAAUUCUCCGCUCGUUCCUCCGUGUUGGCGCCACUUCCCAGAGAGCUCCGCGCAUCUCACGCUCAGCCUGUGUGCGGGGGACCUCGGGCCCGCACGCCGCCCUGACGGGACCAUCCCCCAGGCAGAGCUCCGGAGCCCACCCAUGGCAGCUCUUCCGUCAGCAGCUUCAGAACAGGUAGCCCACCGAAGGCACGACUCUGCUCCCGCAUGGCCCGCAAUCUCCACUCUGUGCAUAGUGUCAUUUCCAGUAACCGCGACCCGGUUGGCCUUCUGGAAAGUUCUCUUGCUCAGUCGGAGGCGUCCACCUAAGUGAGAUCACGCUCUCUUGGAUGUCACAGUGUAUUGGCAGACUGCAUCGUAACCUUGAUCGUGCCAAACAUCCUGAUUCAACUCCCAUUUCCCUGAAAGUAGGGUGUAAUUAUGGUUUAUAAAUCUAAUUCGCUUGAAUCUCUCCCUUCUGCCUUCCCGGUUGGUAGGAAGCUGACUCGCAGCAGCUCUCUUUGGACACGUAGCUGAAAAGGAACGUGAACCUCAACACUUUCUGCCUUGAGCUCUCAGCAUCGCAGCCCCAGGAUGGGUGCCACCCUCUCUCUCCCCGUUUCCCAGAGACCUGGUCCAUACCACUGCCCCUGGUGCUGUACAUUUGGAAUUGGUGCCUUCUCCUCUUGGCAACCAUGCUAUCAGUCCUGUUUCUGUUUGGGUGUCUUACUUCUUCUUUAACGUCGAUUGCUUGCCAAAGAUGACAUCACUGAGGGUGGGAGACAAGACCUCGCUGCAGACUCUGGCCGUGCAGACUCAAAUGUCAGGCUCGCUCCACAAAGGGCAUUAGGCUGGCUGGUGGGGGUUUUAUAAAAUACUUUGCUCCCUGGCCUCGGUAUGCCCGGCCUUUAUGUGUCACUCCACAUACCCGUGGGUCCUUCAUGUCCUGAUGUGUGUGACCACACAACCCUGCCCUUGCUCUCUCCACGGUGUAGUGCAGAACAGAAGUGGUCAGCUUGUUGGGUCUAGUGAGCCCAGGAUGAAAAGCAGUCUGCAGAGUGGUGUGUGCUGCCCUUUGGUUGGACUGGGAACACGUGAAAAUUCCUGAUAAAUGUCCUGAGAUUCCAGAAUCCCCUCUGUUCUCUCGGCAGACGGUGGGCCGCGAGGGCUGCGGGCUGGCGUGGCAAACCUGUCUAGCCCUCGCCGCUCCCGCCUGCACUAAAUAUGCUGAAGGAGCUUUCUGGUGUCGUUUUGCAUCACUUAAAUACUCUUCCUGCUUUCAAUACCAAAAAGAAAAAAAUGCGAUGCUUUAAGGCGGCAUAAACAGUUCUUAAGAAUUUAAAAUAUGCAAUUAAAAGUUAAUGUGUUUUGACUGUCAAGCACCUUGCCUUUUUUUUUUUUUUUUUAAGUCAGCUGAUUUUAGGAAGAGGGUCAGCUAGGAUCAUAGUUUGGAAUUGGACCUUUUUUAAGGAAUCUGGACAAAGGUCAUUCAGAAGGGGGCAAUAAAAUGAGACUUUCCACUUGCAUCCUCUGGUCCCUGCACUGAGUGAGGGGGCGCAGUGAGGAGCAGUGUCGGGAGGCAGACUUACGGUCCUGCUCAGACGGGAGCGAGGUGACACUAGGAGCCACUAAGGGUUGGCUUUCUUGGCAUCGCAAGCCUGCUGUGUAACUGCAAACGCAGGAAAACAUGGGGAGGAGGUGUAUAUGCUUUGCACAUGGCUGUAAGGGGACACCAGGCUGGACAGGGGCUUCGGUCUCCUUCCCCGUCACAGGCGCGGCCUCCCGCAGGGGCUCCCGCUGCCAGCAGGCCUGUUCUCUCCUCCCGCCCAGGCUCUUCUCCCUGAGAACCCGUCCCUCUGGCAGCGCCGAGAGCUUGGUGCUCCUCCUGCGGCGAGGCAGCAGCCCAGGGCCGCCGCCGGGCCGCCGAGAGCCACUGCGCGGGCCUCGCUCCCGCGGCGCUGGGUUGGGGGCAUGUGCUCAUCCCCUCGACUGCCCUCCUGUGGUUUCCCGCACAAGAUAGCCCUGUGUCCUCAGCUGUUUCCUUACACUGUCUUUGCAAUGAUGUUGUAAAUGCAAGAAAUCACUUUGCCGAGAGCAAAGUGAGCGGUCUUUUUAUGUGAAGGCCCUUUUAAACAUAUCAAGACUCGGUGCAUCGGCCGGUCGCGCUGGGGUGGGGGAGGGUCCACAGUGGCAGCCGCUGCGGCUGCAACGUCCCCUUAACCUCCCCAAGACUGAUCAAUGUGAAUGUCAUGAUUAUAUAUAUAUAUUUUUGUGGAAGAUUUCUCCUAAGUAUAAGUUAUUGUGCAAAAUAUAGUACCCUUGAAACAGAUGAUAGUUUUAGUUUAGGAAUCCUAAAGAUACAAAUUGUAUUGCAUAUGCAUUAAAAGUUUGUUUUAUUUCAUUUCAUGUAGCUGUGUCAAGUGCUAGGUAAAUUUUGUUUCCCUUCUCCAUUGAGAUACCUUGUUACUUGAAUGUUGUGUCGGCUGGUUUGAAGCAGAUCAAGUCUGUAAGUAGCUCGUUUACGCAGGAAGCUGCCCGCCCGCUGUGCUGAGGGCACCGGGAGCCAAGGUCAGGGCGACACUGCGCCGCGCUGUGCUGCGUGUCACCCGGACCCCAGCUCCGUGGAAUGGCUUCUGAUAGUUUUUGAUGGUCACACACCUCUGAUCGAAAAACGAGUCUGAAAAGCAGUUGCGUUAGAACUUGGCUGUGGCGGACUAAGUCAGCAGUUGUUUGCUGUGUAUAUAGAGUCUCCUCAAAUGUCACACACCAUUGAAGUGUGUUCGUUGUCACUUUAAAUUCCAACUGCCCCCUCUCUUUGUCUUUCUGAAGAUCAGACGUACUAUUGGCAAAACCAAAAAUAAGCCAAACGGUGCAUUACACUGCCCGGGCCCGCCCGGUGAGCGCAGGGGGCGCCGCCGGCCUCUCGGGGCGACGCGCCCUCCUGUUUCUAAAGCCGCCCACCCAGGAGUCAAGCUUUUUAAAAAAAUUUUAUGCAUUGUUAUUAAAAUACCUGAAUCUCAAAUUUAUAAAAUAGCUCUAAAUCUGUGUCAACAACUAGAAGUGACAACUUCCUGGGUCGUUACCACCACGCCAUCCGCUGCGUCUGUUUCCGAGCCCCUGAGUGGUGUCUCAUGGGGUCUUACUUUUUCUUUUUCAGAUUCCUUCUCCCACUGUUGUGCAGUUAACGCUACAUGAACACAAACUGUGUUCUUAAUUGUUUCGGCCCUUUUGCCAAAAAGGAGUCUAGAUUUUGUUUCGGUUUCGUUGUAUGAUGAUCGCCAGCAGCAGACUACAGAGCGGCUCUGCCGUCCCCACCUAGUGAGUCUUGAAAAGGAUUCUGGUCAUUUUACUGUCUCGAUGUGGGACCUGGUGCGGCCCCAGCCAGGGCAGAAGUCACCAGUCCAAGGCGGAGGGUGACUCGUUGGUGCUCUUGGCUCCGUCCAGCACCCUCAGCUCCGGCUUCACUAAUGUUUCCACCACCUGCUAACCAGCCAGACGGAGUUUUCCGCUCAGCUCUGCCUCCGUCUGCGGUUUUCAUUUUACGUUAAUAAGAAUGUACUGGACCCCAGAGCCGCGCGCGUUCGAGUCUGUAACUGCCACGUGUCUGUGGGGUCUCCCCGUCUGUGGGGUCUGUAGCUGCAGUAGACGACACGCAGAACGCUCAGCGCACCUCCUCCCGGGGGGCUCCGUCUCUCUCAUGAGCUGAAAGGUUGGUCUCUGAAACAUCGAAUAGGUCCCUUAUCUAAUCCAAAUAAAUUUCAAAAUGCAAAACCUUAAUAUGAAAUUCCAAAUUCUCAUCCAUGGAAAAAUGUAAUUAAAAUGUCUUGCACUGUUCUGGGAAUAAUCCCCCUGCCUUCUGGAUCCUGAAGGUCUCCCUCCAUUGUGUGUCUUCCCAGAGGAUGUCUGUCCGUAUGCAAACGUUCCGCUGUGUCCCUCAAGCACACGUGUAACAGCCUCCUUGGCACAGUCGCCAUACGCUUGCUCUUGAGAUGUGUUUGACUGGAACGCCCGGUCACAUGCCUGGGGCCCGGUCGUGCUCACGAGGUCACGGCCAUGUCUUCUCCCUAAACCCGGCGUGUACUUGCCGCCUAGGCCUGGAGGGACGAAUCUCCCUCCCCGCUGGCCGAGGCUGGGGGCCGGCCGCGCAGUCCUGGGGAAGCCGACCGAGCUGAGGGUCGUUGGCCGAGAAGCUGAGUCAGUUUCCGCUCCUCGGCUCCCCCCUCCCGGGCCUGGGCAGCCUGCAGGGUCUGGGGUGGCCUCUGGAGACUGGGACGGUGGUCCCCUCCUCCCCGGGGGAGAGCAGGCGGGGCCCACCCCCAUCCGGCCCCCUGAAACCCGGGGUCAAGCUUUCACUCCCCAGCGAAACUUUGACUCGAGGAAGUGGCCCCUGAGGGAUGGUGGGCGGCGCUCAGAACCAGGCGCCUCUGCGCGUCCGUGUCCCCAGCUUGUCCCAACCAGAUGAAGCACAGCCGCAGCCGUCUGGGCCCAGAGGGCGGUCAGGACAGUCUGCACGUCGCGAGGCCGGUGUUUACAGUCGCCGCCUACCUGUCCUGGAGCGGACGGCCCCGCCCAGCCCGCCGCCCUGCUCGGUGCUGCUUAGGGCGAUGCUCAGACUGCAGAUCUGAACGGUGUGAAAGGUUAAGUUUGAAACUGUGUAUCUUUCUAAAUGAUCUGGGGCUUUAAGGAAGCGAUGUUGUAAGAUGCCGUGUAAGUAACAUUUUAAUGUCUCUCUGCCUGUUUUCUACUUCAGCACACUCGUUAUGGUGAAUGUUCAUAGCAUUAUAAUUGCUUAGCCCUUGGAUGAUGACAUUUUUUUGUUAGUGGAGAUUGGAAAAUUUAUUUGUGAAGUUCUGCAGAAUUCAUUUUUCUAUUUCCAAUAUUUGCUGGAGUUAAAUAAAAAUUUUCAAGCCAUUGAUGUAAUAAAA